AUGCUUCUGCGCCUCGUCCACGUCUCCGAGCCCGCGCCGCGCGAUCCGCCCGCCUUCCCGCCGUCGGCCUCACCCCCGCCCGCCGCGCCCGACGAGGCGCGCGUGCGCGUCGUCGUCAACGGCUCGACGUUGCUCGCGUGUGCCGUGCCCAGCGGCGACCGCCUGCGCGUGCUGGACGUGCACGUGCCGCCGGAGCUGCUGCUGACCAAGCCGCGGCUGAACACGAUGGCCGUGGAGUACGACCGCGCGUCGCGCGCGGCGUACUGGCUCAAGUCCGUCGACGUCGUGCCGUGCAUCCUGCCGCUGCCGCCGAUCGCCGACGACGAGCUGCGCUUCGCGCCGCUCGUGCCGGACAUGACGCCCCCGCGCCCGUGGGCACACGUCGAGAUCGAGGACUCGCGCGCCCCGCCGUCGGAGGAGCCUCCGCGCGAGAGGGCGCGCGAGGAGCACAGCCCGCCGCCGAGGCGCGCCGUCGGAUGCCCGCCGCAUGCGGGGCUGGCAAGGGGCGGGGACGCUGCUGGGGCUAAGCACCACAAGGCCACCAAGGUCGUCAAGCAGGCUAGGAAGCCCAAGCAUGUGUUCCACCACAACCACUACCGCAGCCCGCGUGGACAUGCUCCGGGGUCGCCCAGAGCGCGCGCGGGGCGCUAAGGAGGGGCUUGGCACCCGUGUCGUACGGAGGGGGGUUUUGUUUUAGGGGUGGUACUUGUAUUAUAGGCGGCUUCGUUUUUGUGUGGCUUGCGCGCGAGGCACGCUUGUUGGUCGGGAUAGCGAGAGGAGAGGUAGGGACCUGAUGUUGUUGUAAAUAUAUCGCUCUUUCUUGCUA